CACAAGUGUUUACCACCAUGCCUGAUUUAUAUGCAAUGCUGGGUUUAUGCAAGGUAGUGGGGAUCAAACCCAGGGUGGGGUGCAAACUGGCAAGUGCUCUACAAACAGUACAUUUUCUUCUACAGUUUCAACAUUGAAAUAUAUAAUCCACACAGGAUUUAAGUGUAUUUUUCUCCCAAACCACUAAUUAGUCUUACAACAUUUAUUGGCUUUACCCUAUAGAUUUAAAUGUCUUUUCAUGCUAAAUUUCUGUGUGUUAAUUUACUUCUAGAUCUUGUGUCUCAGACUUUGAAUACUGAACAUUGUUUUUGUUAGUCCUUAUUACCACUAGAGUUAAUUCCUUCCUACCUUAUUAUGGUCAUUACACACCGGUACCAUCAAUUAUUUUACCAACCACUUACUACUAGACAUUUGUAAACAUUUCUUGCUAUUUGUACUACACAACAUGUACAGUUUUAGACUGAAUAAAUGAAUUCUCGGCGUCGGUGGUUCAAGCUGUUCCCAGUAGCUGUAGAUUAUCCAGUCAUUCUCCAAAUUACUUUUACAAUUAGAACGGCUCUAUUUUGUCAUUCUCUAUCACUGGAGAACUGGCAAUAUAAACUUGUCUGUUGGGAAUCUAGAUUACCCGGGCUAGACCUCUAUACGACACCAGGGGGCGCAGUUUCCAGACUCGGCCACAUCCGGGUCCCGUCGCAAGUUCGGCUCCCAGCAGGCGGAACACUUUUAACACACCUCCAGUAACCCAGCGCGACGGGGACGGUUUAGGCAUGCGCACACCGCUCCCCAGGCGUGCUGCUUGCUUGGGGCAGCGAAGGCGGGUGUGGAUCUUCGUUUGACUUCUUCCUGUACCGGGCGCGCCAUGGACGUGCUAGCGGAGGAAUUUGGGAACCUGACCCCGGAGCAGCUGGCGGCGCCGAUCCCGACUGUAGAGGAAAAAUGGAGGCUGCUUCCAGCAUUUUUAAAGGUGAAAGGCCUUGUGAAACAGCAUAUAGACUCAUUUAACUAUUUCAUUAAUGUAGAGAUAAAGAAGAUAAUGAAAGCCAAUGAAAAGGUUACAAGUGAUGCUGACCCCAUGUGGUACUUAAAAUAUCUUAAUAUCUAUGUCGGGCUUCCUGAUGUUGAAGAAAGUUUCAAUGUAACUAGACCAGUGUCCCCUCAUGAGUGCCGAUUGAGAGACAUGACAUACUCGGCCCCCAUUACAGUGGACAUUGAGUAUACUCGAGGCAGCCAGAGGAUAAUCCGCAACGCCUUACCCAUUGGCAGAAUGCCCAUUAUGCUACGAAGUUCAAACUGUGUUCUGACCGGGAAAACACCAGCAGAAUUUGCCAAACUGAAUGAAUGUCCAUUAGACCCUGGUGGCUACUUCAUUGUUAAAGGAGUCGAAAAAGUCAUUCUUAUCCAAGAGCAGCUAUCUAAGAACAGGAUCAUUGUGGAGGCAGAUAGAAAAGGGGCCGUUGGAGCUUCGGUUACCAGCUCUACCCAUGAGAAAAAAAGUAGAACCAACAUGGCUGUGAAGCAAGGACGGUUCUACUUGAGGCAUAACACUCUGUCCGAGGACAUACCCAUUGUCAUCAUAUUUAAGGCCAUGGGUGUUGAGAGUGACCAGGAAAUUGUACAGAUGAUUGGAACAGAGGAGCACGUGAUGGCUGCAUUUGGGCCCAGUUUGGAGGAGUGCCAGAAAGCUCAGAUUUUCACACAGAUGCAGGCAUUAAAAUAUAUAGGGAAUAAAGUAAGAAGGCAAAGGAUGUGGGGAGGUGGACCAAAGAAAACCAAAAUAGAAGAAGCAAGAGAACUCCUGGCUUCUACCAUUCUGACCCACGUACCAGUUAAGGAAUUCAAUUUCCGAGCCAAGUGUAUCUACACUGCCGUGAUGGUGCGAAGAGUAAUUCUGGCCCAAGGAGACAACAAAGUUGAUGACAGAGACUAUUAUGGUAACAAGCGAUUGGAAUUGGCAGGACAGCUCUUAUCUCUUCUUUUUGAAGAUUUGUUCAAAAAAUUUAAUUCGGAAAUGAAGAAGAUUGCAGACCAGGUGAUUCCUAAACAAAGAGCGGCCCAGUUUGAUGUUGUGAAACACAUGCGUCAAGACCAGAUCACCAAUGGCAUGGUGAAUGCCAUCUCCACUGGAAAUUGGUCUCUGAAGAGAUUUAAAAUGGACCGCCAGGGCGUGACCCAGGUACUAUCUCGGUUAUCAUACAUAUCUGCACUGGGGAUGAUGACCAGAAUCUCUUCUCAGUUUGAAAAAACAAGAAAAGUGAGUGGUCCUCGUUCCCUCCAGCCAUCUCAGUGGGGAAUGCUCUGCCCCUCUGACACACCUGAAGGAGAGGCCUGUGGUUUGGUUAAAAACUUGGCCCUUAUGACACACAUCACAACUGACAUGGAAGAUGGACCCAUUGUUAAGCUAGCUGGUAACUUGGGAGUAGAAGAUGUGAAUCUAUUAUGUGGGGAAGAACUCUCUUACCCAAAUGUGUUUCUCGUCUUCCUGAAUGGUAACAUUCUAGGUGUCAUUCGAGACCAUAAAAAGCUGGUAAAUACGUUUCGACUGAUGCGAAGAGCAGGAUAUAUCAAUGAAUUUGUUUCUAUCUCAACAAAUCUUACAGAUCGAUGUGUUUAUAUUUCCUCUGAUGGAGGAAGGUUGUGCAGGCCCUACAUAAUUGUUAAGAAACAGAAGCCAGCUGUCACGAAUAAACACAUGGAAGAAUUGGCUCAAGGGUACAGGAAUUUUGAGGAUUUCUUACAUGAAAGUCUGGUUGAAUAUUUAGAUGUGAAUGAAGAAAAUGACUGUAAUAUUGCACUCUAUGAACAUACAAUUAACAAAGAUACCACCCACCUGGAGAUUGAACCCUUCACUCUUCUUGGAGUUUGUGCUGGCCUGAUCCCAUACCCUCAUCAUAACCAGUCUCCAAGAAACACCUACCAGUGCGCCAUGGGCAAACAAGCCAUGGGUACCAUUGGAUACAACCAGCGAAACAGAAUUGAUACACUUAUGUAUCUACUAGCAUAUCCACAAAAACCCAUGGUCAAAACAAAAACCAUCGAAUUGAUAGAUUUUGAGAAAUUGCCAGCUGGACAGAACGCAACUGUUGCCGUGAUGAGCUACAGUGGCUAUGACAUUGAAGACGCCCUUGUUUUAAACAAGGCCUCCUUGGACAGGGGUUUUGGGCGUUGCCUAGUGUAUAAAAAUGCUAAAUGUACAUUGAAGCGCUACACCAACCAGACUUUUGACAAGGUGAUGGGACCCAUGCUGGACGCUUCCACCAGGAAACCCAUUUGGCGACAUGAAAUUUUAGAUGCAGAUGGCAUUUGUUCUCCAGGUGAGAAAGUAGAAAACAAACAAGUGCUUGUAAACAAGUCUAUGCCCACAGUGACUCAGAUUCCUUUGGAAGGAAGUAAUGUGCCACAGCAGCCACAGUACAAAGAUGUGCCCAUCACGUACAAAGGUGCAACAGAUUCCUAUAUUGAAAAGGUGAUGAUCUCUUCCAAUGCUGAGGAUGCUUUUCUCAUCAAGAUGCUCUUGAGACAGACACGGCGGCCAGAGAUUGGAGACAAAUUCAGCAGUCGUCACGGGCAGAAAGGUGUUUGUGGCUUGAUUGUACCCCAGGAAGAUAUGCCAUUCUGUGAUUCUGGCAUCUGUCCGGAUAUCAUAAUGAACCCACAUGGCUUCCCAUCGAGAAUGACGGUUGGGAAGUUAAUUGAGCUGCUGGCUGGCAAGGCAGGUGUGUUAGACGGCAGAUUCCACUAUGGCACUGCGUUUGGAGGAAGUAAAGUGAAGGAUGUAUGUGAAGACCUUGUUCGCCAUGGCUAUAACUAUCUGGGGAAGGACUAUGUCACAUCAGGCAUCACAGGUGAGCCCUUAGAAGCAUACAUCUAUUUUGGGCCUGUGUACUAUCAGAAGCUGAAACACAUGGUGCUGGAUAAAAUGCAUGCCCGGGCCCGUGGACCACGAGCCGUCCUUACCAGGCAGCCCACUGAAGGGCGAUCUCGUGACGGUGGCUUGCGUCUUGGAGAAAUGGAACGUGAUUGUUUAAUCGGCUAUGGAGCAAGUAUGCUUUUGUUGGAGAGACUAAUGAUCUCAAGCGAUGCCUUUGAGGUUGAUGUCUGUGGGCAGUGUGGACUCCUGGGAUAUUCUGGCUGGUGCCACUACUGCAAGUCGUCGUGCCAUGUGUCUUCCCUCCGCAUCCCCUAUGCCUGCAAGCUGCUCUUCCAGGAACUGCAGUCUAUGAAUAUUAUCCCCAGGUUGAAACUUUCCAAGUACAACGAGUAAGGAUGGAUGGUGGUUUCUAGACAGCAGUCUGCCAGCGGCUCAUCGGAAAGCAGGACUGCGAAUACUUUCCGUGGUCAUUUUGCCCCAGGAAGCAAAGCUGACAGAGAAGCUUCUCAUGUUCUAGAGACUGAGUAUCCAGCCUGGAGCAGCCUCGAGCCAUGGGAGAUGCUGCAGGGCGGUCUGCGGCCCAGCUGGACGGGAGCCAAAGAGAAUUCGAACUUUUGUUGAUACGGUUUUAUUUUGGGUUUUUUGUUUUUGUUUUUAGUUCAUCUCACUCUGUAGCCUUGAAGUUACAGCAGCCCUCCUGCCUCAGCCUCCCAUGUCCUGGGAUUACAGGAGUGAGCCACCACAUCUGACUUAUAUAAGUUCUUAUAUCUCAUUAGAAAGACCUCCCUCCUUAAAAAUUCCCAUGAUAUCUUCUAACAGAACUCUGGGUUCUCGUCAGACAUGGAAGAGGUAAAGAAUUGUUGAACUGCAGCUUCGGCAACGGCUCAGUUGGUAAAGUGCCUGCCACACAAACAUGAGGACAUAAGUUCAGAUCUCCAGAACCCACAUGAAAACUGGACAUGGUCCCCGGCACCCAUGUAAAAGCCUGGCUCAACAGAACAUAUCUGUAACCCCAGCACUGGGGGGAGGGGGCAGGGUGGUAUGGAGCAGAGAGGUGGAUCCCUGGAGCUCAUUCACCAGCCAGUCUAGCCAAUCAGUGAGCUCCAGUUUCAGUGUGAAACCCUUUCUCAAAAAAUAAGGUGGAAAGUGAUAAAGGAAAUCAUGCUGUCAACCUCUAGUGCUCAUAUUGCUGCACAUAUGUACACAUACGUAGAUACGCAAAGAAUUGCUUGGAUUUGCUGGGAUAUCCUAUGCUGGAGUGGAUAGAGAGGAGGCUGUGCCACUCAGAAGGUAGCUGAUGAAAUGCUGGCUUCUCAUCUGUCACUCAGAAGGGCACAUUUUCCGUACAGUUGCAUCUUACAUACCCAAACUUCGUGAUUUUAAUCUUGGUGAAAUAAGAUGUAAGUAGUCCUACCUGUUAAGAUUGUCUUUUCUUAUCAAAUAAAUUGCAACUCUUUUGAAUUCCCAAAAUCAUACCAUGAGAUAUUUAACACCCAAAUAUAACUCCAUAGAUACUUGUCA